AUAAUGAGCUGCAUGCUGUAGACGCAGUGUACUAGUAACACACCUCAACCAAAACCAUUACAGAAAGUUCUUUCGCAUUCUCCUCUCUGGCGUGUCUAACUUCCCACUAGGCAUAAUUUAGCAAAGCACCUGCCUCAGGGGAACAACCGAGGAUGAAGGAUGACAAACAGCUACCUGGAUCCCAUCAAAAGCCUGUCAAGACAUUUGAGGGUCAUAAAAAAGGCAUCACCUCCAUCGUGACUUUUCCUGAUGGCAAAAGAAUAGCGACUGCAUCUGCCGAUAAGACGAUAUGCAUAUGGAUGAUUGAGGACGGCGCGGAGAUCAUGAAGUGGGUAGUGAAUGAGUGCAUCGGCGCACUUGUAUUAUUGGAAAACGGGAAAAAGAUUGUCAGUGCGGAGGGAGAGAGUUCCAGACAAUGUGGAUGAAGACAAUCUUCAUCAAACAUUGUUGGAUUGGCGGUUAUGGGUACGUGAUACCGAAAGUGGGAGGGUUAUCGCAGGUCCCUUGGAAGGUCACAGCAAGCAUCGUGUUUACUUUGGACAUUUCCCCUGAUGGUGAGAUGUUGGCCAGCGCUGGGUCAUUCGAUAACACAGUCAUUUUAUGGGACACCAGCACCUGGCGAAGUAAAGUUGAUCCUCUCUCGUGUGGCUCGCCCGUCUUUUCCAUCCGAUUUUCUCCGACCGGUCAACUCGGCGUUGCUACCAGGAGAGAUAUCCAAAUAUGGGACUUGCACCAAAGGAAGUGUCUUGCUCGAUUCAACAGCUAUCACAAUGCAUUGAACUACUCGCUCACCUGGACUCCUGAUGGCGCACAUCUCCUCUCAGCAAAUAGUAAAGAGGGUCCCGUCAUUCGCUCCUGGGACACAUCCACCUGGAAACAAGCUGGUGAUUCCUGGAUUGGCCAUGACGAAGGCGAGCACAUCUACCAUAUCAUAUUGAACCCAGCAGGCACCCUUCUCGCAUCAGCAUCUGAAGACUGCACUGUUCGAUUGUGGCAGUUUUCCACGGGCACAGAAGUCGCCCGAUUUAGGCACACAGAUUUAGUGUCUCGUGUUACAUUCUCGGUGGAUGGACGCUCUAUAUUCAGUGGCGGCUGCGACGAGAAAAUCUCGCAAUGGGAGAUACCUGAAGAUGUGCUCGCGGCAGCGGAAAUUGUUCCUCUGGCCAGCGCGAAGAAUGAGGCUGCUUGCCGCAAACAAAAGAUGAAACGCCUGCUAAAUUCAGAGAUUCCUAGCCAGCGCCGAAAUAAGCUGGUGAAUCAUCAGCGAGCAACACCUGGCGAUGUUGUUGGUGUGGACGACAGAAUACGACCAUACACACACUUCUUUUGCCUCAGCUGGUUCCAGAGGAAGAAGCCAGAUCCACCACGACCAGUCUAUGACGACGCAUCUGACCAUGCCAUUCUUGAUGUUCCCAUACCUACUACACGGAGCCAAGUUGACACCGCCAAAAAAACCACAUCGUCACCAAUGACUUUUCUCCAGUCACAGCCAGAGGCAGGACCAUCUCGCCUUGCGCCGUCAGUUGAAGUAGACAUCGUCGAUGUUCCAAUACCUACUACCAGGUAUCAAAACUUUAUUCAUUUGUUCGACCGAUGACCUAAUAUGGUGUCAUACGAUCAGAAUCGUCCAGCACGAAGAAAUGGGAUUGAAACCGGUUGUUAGUCAGUCACAGCCAGAGGCAGGACUGUCUUGCCUUGUCGAAGAACACGCGGGAGAACAAUCUUCGUAGUCAGUUUUAUCC